AUGUUUACUGACGAAGAUCUUGAGUCGAUAGAGUUUAAAUCUAACUGGAAAAAGGAAAGAUAUACAGAUGAUGUGGGAGUUCAAACGAAGGAGUUGAAAGUUGAUGAGGUCAGGGUUCAAUCAAGAGAAUACUAUGAUGAGGAGACACAAACUGAAAAUGAAGGGGGUGAUUUUCAACUUGCUGAAACAGACCCUGAAAAACUGGCCAAAUUUCUGAGAAAAAUUGAACCAGAGCUGAUCAAGAUGAUUGAAAGGAACAACAAAAGUGUGGCUUUUGAAGGUUAUGUUAUAGCUAAAGGAGAAGAGUCAUCAUCUAUAGCUUGUAUUCAUACCUUUAGUCAUGCUGAACUCAGACAAGAGCUUCAGAUAACAGGUGUAUCAUGGAAUUCCUCAGGAUCAGUUUUAGCGGCGACGUAUGGGAGAUAUGACCAUGAAGAUUGGUGUACCCACAAAUCAGGACUGUGUACAUGGAGUUUAGAUAGACGAAACAUGCAAGCUGAUAAACCUCAAACUGUUAUAGACUCACCUAGCUGUUUAAUGUGUGUUGAAUUUCAUCCUACCAACCCAGCUUUAAUAGCAGGGGGAAAUUUUAAUGGGGAGGUAAUGGUAUGGGAUCUGAGUAAAGAAGAUGAUUUGUUAGUGGCCACCUCUGGUAUUGGUGAUGAUGCCCAUCGUGAACCUGUAGCUAAAGUUUAUUGGUUAAAAGAUCAGUCAGCUAAGGGAAGAAAAUACAAUAAUUGUUGGAGUGGAGUGGUAGGGCUUUGGACUGGUUUAGGAUCACUGCUAUUUGGGGGUACUCCUGUAAUAAUGAGUGUUGGUGCAGAUGGUAAAAUUCUUAUUUGGACUAUGAGUAAAAAGAAACCAAAGUUAAAAUUGGUUGAUGGGUUUGUAUUGAUGAAUCAGAGUUUACCCAGAUCAAUGAAAGUACGAGGUGUGAGAGCUGAUAAAGAAAUCGGUGCCACGUGUAUCUCUUUUAACUCAGAAGAUAAAGAUAAUUUUAUAGUAGGCUCAGAAAGUGGCUGUAUAUUUAAAUGUAAUCUUCAUUCACAAGGGAAUCCUGCUGGCAGUCAAAUCGUGUCUUCAGUUCCAUUACGAUCUCCUGUGACCUUCACCUACAACCCUCAUCACGGUCCUGUACAUUCUGUAGAUUAUUCCCCCUUUCAUCGUAACGCCUUUAUCACCUCUGGUAUGGACCAGUGUAUACGAGUUUAUAACGUCUUACAGGAUCAACCUACAGUAAUAGUAGAACCAGGGGAAGGGUAUCUCUACUCAGCUAAAUGGUCCCCAGUCAAACCAACAUUAUUAGCAGCAGUAACAGAGAGUGGUUAUAUACUGAUAUAUGAUUUAAAGACUGGCCAGUUAGUGCCAUUACAUAAAAUACAGGCUGGUGUCAACAACUCCCCUGUAUAUACAUUACAGUUUAAUCGUAACAAAAGAAAUCUGAUAGCAACUGGUGAUGGUGCAGGUUAUGUUAGUGUAUUUAAAUUAGGUGAAGAGUUAUCCUCCCCUACUCCUCGUGAUGUAGAAUUAUUAUCCAGUGUUAUAAAUACGUCAGAUUGAAGAAUAACUCAGAAUAACAUGAAAACUAUUUCUAUAUUAACGAGAAUAAUAUUGAUAGAGAGCACUCAUAUCUUUUCUUUCUUGACAUUUAGGUGUAUAGAUCACAUUAACACAAUGUUAUGGUAUACGACUACUUCAUUUCAUCUUUCUCUAUGUAUGUUUUUGAAGAGAAUUUCUGUGAUAUUUUUCUAUGUAGGCCUUAUAACUUUCACUUUGGGUGAAAAUGGCCGAUUUCAUCUUAACAGAUAUAUGACUACAAUUUCAUUGUUCUCAGUUUAAUCUUUUUUUGUAAAUAACAAAAUUGUUUAUGUAAUAUGACUUCAUUGAUUUAUGUAAACAUAAGUGCUGCUUAUCCGUCCAUUAAAUAUUUAUAUCACCUUU